UGGCCUACUGGUCCGGGGGCCGCGGAGCCCCCACCUGGGGAGAUGGACCUCAACCGGAUCAUCCAGGCGCUGAAGGGCACCAUCGACCCGAAGCUGCGGAUUGCGGCCGAGAAUGAACUCAAUCAGUCUUACAAGAUUAUCAAUUUUGCCCCCAGUCUACUUCGGAUUAUAGUGUCUGAGCAUGUGGAAUUCCCAGUGCGCCAGGCAGCUGCCAUUUACUUGAAGAACAUGGUGACACAGUACUGGCCGGACCGAGAACCUCCGCCCGGAGAAGCAAUAUUUCCAUUCAAUAUUCAUGAAAACGAUCGCCAGCAAAUACGUGAUAAUAUUGUGGAAGGAAUAAUUCGGUCUCCAGAUUUAGUGAGAGUCCAGUUAACAAUGUGUCUCCGUGCCAUCAUUAAAUACGAUUUCCCUGGUCACUGGCCAGCGGUAGUCGACAAGAUAGACUAUUACUUGCAAUCACAGAGCAGUGGAAGCUGGCUUGGCAGUUUGUUAUGUCUGUAUCAACUGGUGAAGACAUAUGAAUAUAAGAAAGCAGAGGAAAGAGAACCUCUUAUAGCAGCAAUGCAAAUAUUUCUGCCUCGUAUUCAGCAACAAAUCAUGCAGCUCCUUCCUGAUUCCUCACAUUAUUCUGUAUUAAUACAGAAACAGAUUCUGAAAAUCUUUUAUGCACUUGUGCAGUAUGCAUUGCCUCUUCAACUGGUGAAUAACCAAACCAUGACAGCAUGGAUGGAGAUCUUCCGAACUAUUAUUGACAGGACUGUUCCUCCUGAGACUCUGCAGAUUGAUGAGGAUGAUAGACCAGAACUAGUCUGGUGGAAAUGUAAGAAGUGGGCACUACACAUUGUAGCUCGACUCUUUGAACGAUAUGGAAGCCCAGGAAAUGUCACAAAAGAAUACUUUGAAUUUUCUGAAUUCUUUUUGAAAACUUACGCAGUGGGAAUUCAACAGGUACUACUAAAAAUUUUAGACCAGUAUAGGCAGAAAGAGUAUGUAGCUCCCCGUGUUCUUCAGCAAGCUUUCAACUAUCUCAACCAAGGAGUUGUUCAUUCUGUGACUUGGAAGCAGAUGAAGCCGCACAUACAGAAUAUCUCUGAAGAUGUGAUUUUUUCUGUGAUGUGCUAUAAAGAUGAGGAUGAAGAACUGUGGCAGGAAGAUCCAUAUGAGUAUAUAAGGAUGAAAUUUGAUAUUUUCGAAGAUUAUGCUUCUCCUACCACAGCAGCCCAGACUCUCUUAUAUACUGCUGCAAAGAAAAGAAAAGAGGUAUUGCCAAAAAUGAUGGCAUUCUGUUAUCAAAUCCUAACAGACCCGAACUUUGAUCCUAGGAAGAAAGAUGGAGCCCUGCAUGUGAUUGGUUCCCUAGCUGAUAUUUUACUGAAGAAGAGUUUAUUCAAGGACCAAAUGGAGUUACUGUUGCAGAAUCAUGUAUUUCCAUUACUAUUGUCUAACCUGGGAUACCUUCGAGCCAGAUCCUGUUGGGUACUUCAUGCAUUCAGUUCUUUGAAAUUUCAUAAUGAGCUCAACCUAAGAAAUGCAGUUGAUCUAGCAAAGAAGAGCCUGAUUGAGGAUAAGGAGAUGCCUGUCAAGGUUGAAGCUGCCCUUGCUCUUCAGUCAUUAAUUUCUAACCAGACACAAGCCAAGGAAUAUAUGAAGCCACAUGUAAGGCCUAUUAUGCAGGAGCUGUUGCACAUUGUUAGAGAGACAGAAAAUGAUGAUGUUACUAAUGUUAUCCAGAAGAUGAUAUGUGAAUACAGCCAAGAGGUAGCCUCAAUUGCUGUGGAUAUGACUCAGCAUUUGGCUGAGAUAUUUGGCAAAGUUCUUCAAAGUGAUGAAUAUGAAGAAGUUGAAGACAAGACUGUCAUGGCUAUGGGAAUUUUACAUACCAUUGAUACUAUCUUGACAGUUGUAGAAGACCACAAAGAGGUUACUCAGCAGUUAGAGAAUAUCUGUCUACGGAUCAUUGAUCUUGUUUUACAGAAACAUGUAAUUGAAUUCUAUGAAGAAAUUCUUUCACUGGCUUACAGUUUAACUUGCCAUGGUAUUUCUCCUCAAAUGUGGCAGCUUCUAGGUAUAUUAUAUGAGGUUUUUCAGCAGGAUUGUUUUGAAUAUUUUACAGACAUGAUGCCUCUUCUGCAUAAUUAUGUGACAAUAGAUACAAAUACUUUACUGUCAAAUCCAAAGCAUUUAGAAAUACUUUUUACAAUGUGUAGAAAGGUACUAUGUGGAGAUGCAGGAGAAGAUGCAGAAUGUCAUGCAGCCAAACUUCUUGAAGUCAUCAUUCUUCAGUGCAAAGGAAGGGGAAUUGAUCAGUGCAUUCCACUCUUCGUUCAACUUGUUCUGGAGCGAUUAACCCGAGGGGUUAAAACUAGUGAGCUUCGUACUAUGUGUCUUCAGGUUGCAAUUGCUGCCUUGUACUACAACCCUGAUUUGCUGCUACAUACUUUAGAACGAAUUCAGUUGCCUCACAACCCUGGACCUGUAACUGUACAAUUUAUAAAUCAGUGGAUGAAUGAUACAGAUUGUUUUCUUGGGCAUCAUGAUCGGAAGAUGUGUAUAAUAGGACUGAGUAUCCUUUUGGAAUUGCAAAAUCGACCUCCUGCAGUAGAUGCUGUGGUGGGACAGAUUGUGCCCUCCAUUCUUUUCCUUUUCCUUGGAUUAAAGCAGGUCUGUGCUACCAGACAACUGGUAAACCGGGAAGAUCACUCAAAAGCAGAUAAAGCCAAUAUAGAAGAAAAUGAAGAGAUUUCAAGUGAUGAAGAGGAGACUAAUGUAACUGCUCAAGCAAUGCAGUCAAAUAAUGGAAGAGGUGAAGAUGAGGAGGAAGAUGACGAUGACUGGGAUGAAGAAGUGUUGGAAGAAACUGCUCUUGAGGGAUUCAGUACUCCGCUGGACCUUGACAAUAGUGUGGAUGAAUAUCAAUUUUUUACACAAGCUUUGCUGACUGUGCAGAAUCGGGAUGCUGCGUGGUAUCAACUGCUGAUGGCACCGCUCAGUGAGGAUCAGAGGAGGGCGCUGCAGGAGGUGUACACGUUGGCCGAGCACCGGAGGACAGUGGCAGAGGCAAAGAAGAAGAUUGAACAACAGGGAGGCUUCACCUUUGAAAACAAAGGAGUCCUCUCUGCAUUUAAUUUUGGGACUAUGCCUACCAACAACUGAAAGAAGGAACAUCACCUGACCAAACAUCAUUGUUACAUUGAACGUCAGCGGAAGGAGAGGGUCAGCAGAGCUGGGGAGGGGCUGCUGUUUGUGCCACCUGCUGUGCCAGUUACUACCGCUUGGCAUCCGGCAGCACCUUUCUCUGCCCCUGUGUCCCCUUUGAUCUUUCUCACCCUGAAAUAUAUAUUUUAAGCAGCUACUGUAAUGUAUGGAAUUAAAGAAAAACAAAAUCAUAGGACUGAAA